AAUGGAAUAUUUCUUCCGUGCAUUUAAGGAACGUUUCACUAUGAAAUGUCUGUCUUCCCAGUUGUCCUGGAACGCGGCAUGACACCGACCGACUCAAAACCAGCAGGCGCUGCGCAGGGGUCGACGCGGGCCUGUGCGCAUGCGCAGUCCGCAUUUCGGGGAUGGGUCUAUCGAAUGAAAUCAAGAUGGCGACUCUGGCAAAAGCGCCAAGGCACAUACUGAAGUAGCCGAGCAAAGUUGACCGCUCCAGCGGGGUUUCUUCGCGCCCCACCGGGGGUCUGGCGAAACAUGAAGACCUCGGGCGUCAUUUGGAGGCGGGAUUGACCGGGAUUUAAGUCCCGCGAACAAGUCAGCGAGAUGUGCGAGAGCUAUGCCCGCUCGCUGCUGCGUGUUUCGGUGGCGCAGAUCUGCCAGGCUCUCGGCUGGGAUGCGGUUCAACUCACUGCGUGCGAUCUGCUGUCCGAUGUGCUGCAUCGGUACAUUCAGCAGAUGGGCAGAGUGUGUCAUCGAUACUCUGAGCUCUAUGGGAGGACAGACCCAGUCCUGGAGGAUGUGAGCCAGGCUUUCAGGCUGCUGGGAGUGAGUCUGAACGAACUGGACGAUUAUGUCAACAAUCUGGAACCCGUGGCCUUCCCCAAUCAGUUGCCAACCUUUCCCGUCAGCAAGAACAAUGUCCUGCAGUUUCCUCCGCCCGGCGCCCAUGACGCGGACGAAAGGAAAGACUAUGUUCCUGAUUACAUGCCACCCCUGGUCUCCUUACAAGAAGAAGAGGAGGAGGAAGAAGUCCUUCCCGACAUGGGCACCUCUGCCGAAGCUAUGCAGGUGGCGCUGGAGGAGGAGGGGGAGGAGUUCGAGGACGACGAGACUGUCAAUGAUGAGAACUACCCCCUGAAGAGGCCCCUGGACAGCCCCGAUGCAGACUUGGGCAUGAUGCCGACGUCCAAACGGCCACGGAUGCUCCCCGGCCUGAGCCCCGAAUGGGGCGUGGAGCCCAGGGAGCCCCUUACCUCCCUCAACUCUCAGCGUGUACCUCCGGGCAUACUGCCCUCUCACGAUAGCCUUGACCCCAUGUCACCCGAAGCACCCUCAGGAGCCAUGCCCUCCUUCAGACCUCAGCCUAUGAUUCCAAAAUACCCCGAUCAGAAGGCCCUCGCCACCCCUGGAAGAAAGCCUAAAGUCUCAUCGCCUGGUAGACAAAGGACUAAGUCCCCUAAGGGGGUCAUUGCCGCCCCGGGGGCCGGCAGUCCCAUCCACUCUCCGAAACAUUCGAAGGAGAGGAAGAAAUCUCCAGGCCGGACGAAGAGUCCGAAAAGUCCCAGGAGUCCCAAGAUGGUUCCGGGGAAAGCGCCUCCGCCUCCGGUCAAGGUGGAAAACGUGCACAAGGUGCCGUUGUCCGUACUGAGCGAGAGGAUGGGGAAAGAAAACAUCCACAUGCGUCAGAACGUGGAGGACAAGGACUUGGCCGAGGGCUCCUUCAUCAAAUUGGAGCCCGACAACGCGGCCAUCGAAGAUUCCAUCAGCGCCGUGAUCGCCAGAGCGUGCUCCGAACGGGAGCCCGAUCCUUUCGCCUUUUCUUCGGGCUCCGAUUCGGACAGCAACGGCUUCUCCAGCCCGAGGAGACUGACUAUUAUGGAGGCGGCGACGCCCAAAGCGCCACCGGGGGCCGCCGGCAUUUCCGCCGGCAUAUCCGCCGGCAUAUCCGCCGGCAUAUCCGCCGGCAUAUCCGCCGGCAUAUCCGCCGGAAUAUCCGCCAGAGACACGUCGACGCCGCUUCAGCUUCAGCUGCACCCCGGCCAGGGAAAGUGGACCAUGGACGACUCCAUCGACGAGGUGAUCCGAAAGGUGCACCAGCCGCCCAAUCACGAGGAAUACGUCUCGUCCGGAUCGGCGUCGCCUCCGACGCCCGAACCCCUGCUGAAGAUGUUGGAGGAGAAGAGCAUGUUUGUGUCGCCGGCGGACGUCAAGAAGAAGCUGAAGAAGGAGCUCAAGACGAAACUGAAGAAGAAGGAGAAAGACAAGCCCAAAGACAAAGAGCGGGAGAAGGACAAGAGCAAGGGGAAAGAGAAGAACAAGGACAAGAACCGGGAGAAGAACAAGGACUUUUCCAAGGACAGCAAGCUUCUGUGGAAGGAGUUCGGCAUGAAGGACGACGAGCACUUCAGUCAGCGGGACUUCACUCUGCCCGAGGGCUCCAUCAAGAUCAAGACCAGAGACGGGGAGGGCCCCAAGAAAGAGAAGGAGAAGCACAAGGACAAGAAGAAGGACAAGGACAAGAAUAAGCGAGACAAGGAGAAGAAAGACAAGGGCAAGGACAAGAGCAAGGACGAGCGGCAGAAACAAGCGGCCCUCGACCCCGUCGCCCUGGGGGAGGUCUCGGCCCUCUUCAGUCCCUCCUCCUGCCUGCGCAUGCCCUCCCUGGUGCCCAUCCUUCAGGACGGCAAGGAUGCCAAGAGCAAGGAGAAGGACAAGAAGAAAGACAAGAAGGAGAAGAAGAAGAAGAAGGACAAGGAGAAGGACAAGGAGCGGGAGAAGGCCAAGGAGAAGGAGCGGGAGAAGGAGGAAAAGAGGAAAGAAAAGGAGAGGGAGAAGGAAAAGCGGGAGAAGGAAAAGGAGAGAGAGAAGGAGCGGAUUCGAUUGGAGAAGGUGAAGGUGGAGGCUCCGGUCGCUGCUCCUUCUCCUGUCAUCCCCAGAUUGACGCUUCGAGUCGGUGCUGGACAAGACAAAAUUGUUAUCAGCAAAGUGGUUCCCAACUCGGAGCCAAAGACGCCAGCGCCCAAGACCCCCGCCACCAAGUCCACACCCAGUCGUCCUCGGUCGCCUCCGCCGCCCCCCAUCCUCUCCCCGGUCAUGCCUCUUCUGCCGCCUCCGCCCUCGCCGCUGCCUCCGCCCCCGGUGCCCUCGUUGCUCUCUCCGUCCCCUCUGCUGUCCCCCGCCGCCUCGCUGAAAACGCCCGUUCGCAGCGUGGUGACGGAGACGGUCAGCACCUACGUGAUCCGAGACGAGUGGGGCAACCAGAUCUGGAUCUGUCCUGGAUGCGACAAACCAGACGACGGCAGCCCCAUGAUAGGAUGUGACGACUGCGACGACUGGUAUCACUGGCUGUGCGUGGGCAUCCUCACGGCGCCCCCUGCAGACCAGCAGUGGUUUUGUAUCAAAUGUGCCAGCAAGAAGAAGGACAAAAAACACAAGAAGAGGAAACACAAACUGCAUUGAAGUCAUGCAAACAAGAAGAAGGCACAUGGAAGGUGAAGGCAGGGACUUGUGUGAGCUGCAUUGAAGUCAUGCAAACAACAAGAAGGCACAUGGAAGGUGAAGGCGGGACUUGUGUUGCCACUCAGAGGAAGAAACUGGGGGGUGAUUUUUAUCGAUGAGGCAGCAAAAAACAAAAAAGUGCUGGCUGAAAGGCGACGUGAGCGCUUCUGUGCACGAAGACGACUCCGAGCAUCCAUCGUCUUUUUUCCCUGCUCUCCCGUCUUCCUCCCCGUCAUGUACAUAAUAACGUAUAAACGUGUAAAUAUCACCACGCCCACAGCAAAUAACUCCAUCAAUCCAACUUUGCAUCGCUUUUUAACCCCAAAUGAAGCCCGUGUCAUUUCUGUACAUUUUUUUAAAAUUGAAAAUUUGUAUUUUAUUUCUCCCCCCCUCAUGUUUUGUGUGUGUGCGUGCGUGUGUGUGUGUGUGUGUGUGUGUGUGCGUGUGUGUGUGCCCCGCAGUCGUACUGCAGCUUGUGAUAUGAAUCAUUUCAGUCAUGUUUCUACAUUAAAGGUGAAAACAGUCUGUGCGCUCACGCAGACUUUAAGACGGAAAUCUCCCGACCAUCACAAUUGUACUCAUCCUUUUCUUCACCCUCAAAGCCUUUUUUGCAUUUGCUGGACACAAAAAUAGAAAUUAUUUUGACAAACCUGGUUUCAGAAGCUGACUUUAUUUCUGCAUGUUCUCGCCGUGCAUGCGUAGGGUUUUCUCCUAGCACUUGUCCCCCAACUUUUAAGCGCUGCUAAAGGUUGUUUUUUUUCAUUCACCCAAAUGAACACUCCUUUUUGAUUGUCCCGCGACACAAAAACAAAAUAGAAAUCACCAGUCGAAGAUCCUGUAUAUGACAAGCAUGCGCUCCUGUUUUAAAGGACCUGCUGCAAAAAACGCCCGUCAAAGAUCUUCUAUAUGACAGAAGAACUUUG